ACCAGAAGAAUGCCACUCCUGAUCCCCAUUCAUCUCUCCCACCUCCUCAGCCUCAGCACCUCAUCGCCUCUAACUCCUCGCCAAGCAACAAACGGACCCGAACCUCCAACAAUCAUCUGGACCUGCACAGGAAACACCGACCCUAUCCUCGACAAUCCAUCCGUCUGCUCGAACAUGUGUUAUGGCGCUUAUUGUCGCGGCUACGGCAAUUCCUUGACCUUCAACCCCAUGGCAGUCGGCCUUGCUCCCAAUAUCGUGAAACUGCGUAAGGCGAAUGCAGGGUGUUAUGUUGGUAUCGAUGAUGGACCUGUGAAUGAGCAAGAUAGAUGUCAAAGACAGGGUAUGGCGUGUAAUGUAUCCCCAUACCUUACUGCCAUUGAAGGUGCUGUGGAUGUCGAGAGGGGAGGUCCAAUUACUGAUGACGGGAGUACAAACCCAACAGGUCAGAAUGCCAUGCUCAAUCUCCUCUACACAUCUACAGGGCCCUGGUCGGAUAGCCAAGGUCUGAACUCUACUACUGAACUAACCACAUAUCAUCAGAUCUUUGCCAAUGCGGGAGAACUGCCUUAUUGUUCCGGCCUUCCCUCUGACUGCGUAACCGAUGGCACAGAGGUCGACCGUGAUGGUGUGAUAUCCGCCUACGACCCUCUUCCUUCGUCUCGCAGUCAAAGAACAUAUAAGUUAAGUGGAGGACGAAAUGUUACGGUGAUGCAGGAGAUGGAGCCCGGAAGAAGGGUCUUGUCGCCAAGGGUGAGGGAUGGCAAGGGGUUUGUGGAGGAGAGUCAGCGACACGUCGUGGAUGGGCAAGAUAUGUUGGAGCGAUUGGGAGGAUAUCUGUACUUCGAAAUUGAAGAGAUUGAGGGGGAGAUUCUUGAUGGAUCUGUUUGA